AUGGCACCAGACUUGGGCACAGCUGCUCAGACAGACAAAGACAACAAGGAGCCACCCCCAGCUCCUUUGUUUGAGCCAGGGGAGCUUUCCUCAUGGUCCUUCUAUAGGGCUGGAAUUGCAGAGUUCGUGGCUACCUUCUUGUUCCUCUACAUCACUAUCUUGACUGUUAUGGGUGUGGGCAAGUCUGAAAAGUGUAAAAGUGUGGGUAUCCAAGGAAUUGCUUGGGCUUUUGGUCGUAUGAUCUUUGCCCUUGUCUACUGCACGGCCGGUAUCUCAGAUGGACACAUCAAUCCUGUUGUGACCUUUGGACUCCUCUUGGCAAGGAAACUCUCUCUCACAAGAGCUCUAUUCUACAUCAUCAUGCAGUGUCUUGGAGCCAUAUGUGGGGAAAUUAAAUCACUGAUUUUGUAAUUCAUAUAUUGUAAU